UAAUGUUAUGCCAUGGAGGAUUUUUCAGGUUUGCAGGGUGUUGGACCAUAGAGUGGAAUCUUGUAUUCAGGGUGAAGUAGUUUUGGUGAGUGAAUCUCCAUCUGUCAAUGAAGAUGGUGCUGAAGUUUGGAUAGAUGUUGGUCAUGUGGGUCAUAGUGGACAUGCAUAUAUGAGUAAUCAUGGGGUAAGCAAAGCAACAAUCGUUGCUCUUCAACUUGAGGAAGCAAGAUAUUCGAUAGUAGGAAUUGAUGAGGAGGUUCCGGUGGCUAUUCAUGGGGAAAGUGGGGUUGUUUUACCUCCUACUGUGGGGUUAUCUUAUGCUGAUAUGGGGAUGAAUUCAGGGGAGUUAACACUCAUUGCGGAUCAAAUGGUGUUAGAAACAACAAGAAGAUUUGAAGAUAAGAAAAUGGCUGAUGAGAGGAACAAAAUUAAAGGGAAGGCUAAAGUUGUUGUUGAUCCAGUGGGUGAGAUUAUCUCCUAUACUUUGAAGUAUGAGCAUUCUAAUGGAAAUCUAGUAAUUUGUGAAGGAGGUAAUAAGGUGGAUCUGGAGGAGGCGAUAAAGCGCCUAAAUGAAGCUAAAGGGUACCAAUUAAAAUCCCGAAAUCUAUUGGAUUUCUCUCUGAACAUAGUGGAACCUGAAAGAAAGAGGAGGAAGUACAAAAGGAAGGUUCAUGUGGUGGAUGUGAUUGCCAAAAAGUCUAAGGUGUAUCAGAACCCUAUGCUACCUGAAGAUGAUCCCAAUGAUCCCAAUAUAAUUCUGGCUAAUCCUCAAAUGAUUAGUAUUCUUGUUCAACAUCAUGAUGAUCCUUUUGAUAUGUUCAAUGAAUACGUCAAUCAUUUUCCUACGAGUCCAUGUCUGAACCAAGCUGCUGGAAUCAGUGACGAGAUGAUACUCUCUGCUCAUAACAACAACCAGGUGUUUUUGGAAAAAUAAGGUUUUGCGGCGAAAGUGACUGAAUAUGUGGCAUUUGGACC